GCUACACCUGUCAGCUGACACAGAAAGAUGGAUUCACGACAAUAUGAAGGAAAAGCUCAUGCAGCCGGCUACCUCAAGUAUAGAGUAGUACCCCACGAAGUAAUCAGCAGGAUCGUAAGCAGCACUGAGAAGAAGGAACCAAACACAUGGGAACUUGCAGUGGAUGUGGGCUGCGGUUCAGGCCAAUCCACGAUCCCCCUGGCUGCUCACUUUGCAACGGUUGUUGGCACGGAUAACAGCGCCGCCCAGCUGGAGAUGGCACUGACUAAUAGCAACCCUCCAAAUGUAUCAUACAGGCAGUGCUCGGCAGAAGAGCUGCCGUUUGCUUCCGGUGAGGUGGACCUCGUGAUGUCCAUGUCAGCAGCUCAAUGGUUCGACCGCCCGAAGUUCCUCAUGGAAGCGGACAGGGUGCUGAGGCCGGGAGGCUGCCUGGCUGCUGGGUGCCACACCAGCGAUGCAGAGCUGGAGUUUGGGGAUGUUUCUGACACACUUAAUGACAUCUGUAGAGAGUUUUAUGCUGCACUGGGUCCUUUCCGACCCACUGAAGACCUGAGCUUUGCAAAGAUGUACAUCGAAAUGUUUGACUCUUGCCCAUACCCAGACAAAGAGUGGAUUGAGUGUUUCCGGAUAAAACGGAUCGUGCCACUGACUGGAUACAUUGGCAUGGUGGAGAGUUAUUCCAGCUACCAGAGUCUCCUACGAAAGGACCCCGCUGAGGCUGAACGUCUUUCCACUGACAUCAGGAACAAGUUGCUGUCCGCCAUGAAGGUGUCGUCUCCUGAGACCGAAGUUACGGUGGUUUCGAAGUUUUUCUACGGGCUGGCACGCAAGCCUUGAUGAUUCUGAUUCGCAGAAACCUGCGCGCCAGAGAUUCCCUGUGUGUUUGGGUUGUGGUCUCAUUAACAAAAGUGAUGUGUCACUGGAACCAUUUGCCAACAGUUGCACAGCACAAAUGUCCACUGAUCGUGACCCGAUCAACCAAAAAAAGAAAUGAGGCUUUUGUUUUCGUGACCAAAAACACUAAAUAAAAAUCUCUAUGAAGAGUCC